AUGGGCGACCGGUUGAACAAACCGACCAUGGACCUGUCGCGGUUCUACCAGGCGCAGCUCUUCAAAACCAUGAACCUCACGCAGAAGAACAAGUUCUGCUCGAAGAGCUGCUUGGGCAAGAACAAGGGCUUCUGCGAGUGCGGCGACGACGUGGGGGUGUUCUACUGGCGCUGGUCCACCGGCCACAGUUCCUCCGACAUCCGGGCCACCAACGACAGCCGGGACAUUCUCUUCCAUCCCUGCUACAGCUCGGGCACCGCCGUCGUCAGGGGCGACGAGCUGUUCAGGCCUAACGUACACUACUUCUGGGAGGUGAUGAUGACUUCCAAACUGUACGGGACCGAUGUGAUGGUGGGUGUGGGUACACCGAACGUGGAUUUGCACCGAUGCAAAUUGAAAUUCUGCAGUUUGCUGGGCCUCGAUUCGGAAUCGUGGGGUUACUCGUACCACGGCAACGUCCAACACAAAGGUUUAACGCAUUUAUACGGCGAUAAAUUCGGUAUAGGCAGCAUCGUAGGGGUGCAUUUAGACAUGUGCCGAGGCACUCUAGAAUACUAUUUAAACAGAAAACCGCUAGGUAUCGCCUUCACCGGCUUGAAAGGCUACGAUUUGUACCCGAUGAUAUGUUCGACGGCGGCUCAAUCGUCCGUUCGACUGGUCUGCUCGUUCUCCGAGGAACCGUCGCUGCAGAUGCUGUGCCUGCAGUUGAUCAACGGUCGGCGGGACCUCUACGAGCACUUCCAAACCGUGCCGGGCCUGAAGCGGCUCUACGACAGGAAGUACAUUUGGAUCGUGCCGACGUUUCUUAGAUCGGCGAAGGGGCUCGCUCGGCUAGAUCGGGAGGUGUUUCGGGCGAGCGAGGAACGUCGGCGGGAAGAAGAAUGGUGCGACUCGGACGGUUCUUCGUACGAAUCGGAGACGGCCUCGCCGGAUGUUUCGAUCUACGAUAUCGACGAAUCGCUCGGCGAAAGUUCCUCGACGGACUGCGAUGCGGAUGCGGUGGGUCGUUAUUAG